AUGGCGACUGCUGCAAGAGUUUCCAGGUCUAUCCUGCUCAGAUCAUCACUUCCCGCGCUAUCCGGUGCCACCAGAAUCACUCCACUACGACGACUACAGCCCAGCCCAUUCACCUUGAGAUAUCUGUCCACCAUGAAGGCCCUCAUCUACAAUGGAAGCAAUGCCGUGGCUCUGCAGGACAGACCCAAGCCUGAGAUCAAGUCUUCCACCGAUGCCGUCAUCAAAGUCCUCAAGACGACCAUCUGCGGCACAGAUCUUCAUAUCCGCAAGGGCGAUGUUGCUACCUGUACACCCGGCCGCGUUCUAGGCCAUGAAGGAGUUGGCAUCAUUGAGUCGACUGGAUCUGCCGUGGGACGCUUCAAGAAGGGUGACAAGGUUCUUAUCUCUUGCAUCUCGAGCUGCGCGACCUGCGAAUACUGCCGUAAGGGCAUGUACAGCCACUGCGUCUCUGGCGGCUGGAUUCUUGGCAACACCAUUGACGGCACCCAAGCCGAGUAUGUCCGCGUUCCUCACGCCGACUCGAGUCUCCACCCCGUUCCCGAGGGCGCAGACGAGUCCUCGCUGGUGAUGCUCAGCGACAUUUUCCCCACCGGUCUCGAAUGCGGUGUCCUCAACAGCAAGGUCCAACCAGGCAGCACAGUUGCUGUGGUUGGAUCUGGACCUAUCGGUCUAGCAGCCAUCAUCACGGCUCAGAUGUAUUCUCCAUCCAAGAUCAUCGCCAUUGACACAGACGCUGGAAGACUCGAGGUGGCCAAGAAGUUUGGCGCUACUGAAGUCAUCGACAAUUCCAAGGGAGACGCCGUGGCUCAGGUCAAGGCUCUGACAGAUGGAAAGGGAUGUGACUCCGUCAUUGAGGCUGUCGGUAUCCCAGCGACUUUCAAUCUCUGCCAGGAACUUCUUGCGGCUGGUGGUGUCUUGGCCAAUGUGGGUGUUCAUGGCACCAAGGUCGAUCUUCAACUGCAGAACCUUUGGGAUAAGAACAUUUCCAUCACUACCAGACUGGUCGACACUGUCACCACCCCCAUGCUGCUCAAGCUAGUCCAGUCCGGCAAGCUUCAGCCCUCGCAGCUCAUCACUCACCGUUUCAAGCUUAGUGAAAUGGAAAAGGCGUACGAGACCUUUGGCGAAGCUGCCAAGCAUGGUGCCCUGAAGGUGCUUAUUGAUGUCGACUAA